AUGAACCGACUGUUUGGAUCUUCGAGUUCGAAAACACCCAAGCCGACACUUAACGAUGCCAUCCAAUCCACCGAAUCUCGGAUCGACACCAUCGAGGUCAAGAUCAGGAAACUCGAUGCUGAGCUGAUUCGGUACAAAGACAGUAUGAAGAAACUUAAAGAAGGGCCUGGAAAGGCUGCCAUGCAGCAGAGAGCGAUGAGGGUCUUGAAACAGAAGAAACUAUACGAGAGUCAGCUAUCACAACUUCAGCAGCAGACAUUCAACAUGGAACAAGCGAUCAUGACCACUGAGAACCUCCGUAACACGAUGGCCACGGUCGAUGCCAUGAAACAGGCCAACAAGGAGAUGUCUAAACAGUACAGCAAGAUCGAUAUCGAUAAGAUCGAAUCAAUUAGCUAUGAUAUGGAGGAUCUAAUAGAACAGGCGAACGAAGUGCAAGAAAGUUUGGGAAGAUCUUACGGAGUACCAGAUCAGAUAGAUGAAGACGAGCUGCAAGCAGAACUGGAAGCACUGGGAGACGAUCUUGGAGAACUAGAAAACCCUGAGACAAAUGAUGGAAUCCCAAGUUAUCUGAAGGAAUCAGACACUACACAUCUGCCGGACUUGCCGGACACUGAGUUGAACCAGCCCGAGGAACCUGUCAAGACCACGUUAAAAGCCACCUAG